AUGAAGUCUCUAUUCAGCAAUGCAAGGUUUCUGAGGCGACUGCAGAAUAAGAUUCCAGGCAUUCGGGCGACAUCAUCCUUUUCGCAAUUCCAAAGACAGCGCAAAGGGUCUGCAGUUUUUCUGUUAACUGGCUUGUUCCUUGGGGUUGCUGCAACAACGUCAACACCAGUGCUCACACUGACAUCAAACACAACUAUCGAUACACCACCGCGAUGGAGUGGAAUUGCUCGAGAGCCCUUGCUGCACUCCAAGUAUGCUGAUAAAAAUACAAUGUUAAACGCUGUUGGUGAGAUCCGACGUGCGCUGGGAACAGAAGCCGUGAGCACCGAUACAGAUGACAUAACAGCCCAUAGCUAUUCCGAAUGGUCAUCGACCAACAUAGAGACAAAGCCAGUUGCCAUUGUGCGACCCAAGACCACAGAGCAAGUAUCAGCAAUUGCAAAGAUAUGCACCAAAUACAAAGUGCCAAUGACGCCAUACGGAGCCGGAUCCAGCCUCGAAGGAAACUUUAGCUCUCCCUUUUCAGGUGUAUGCAUCGACCUAUCCGGAAUGAACAAGGUUGUUGACUUUCACCCCGAUGAUAUGGACGUUGUAGUACAAGCUGGAGUCAACUGGAUGAAGCUCAACGCAGAAAUAAAAGACAGCGGCCUCUUCUUGCCUCCUGAUCCGGACCCAAUGGCUAACAUCGGCGGCAUGAUUGCCACCAACUGCAGUGGAACCAAUGCCAUGAGAUACGGCGCAAUGAAAGACUACAUUGUCAAUCUGACUGUUGUUCUGGCGGAUGGCACAGUCAUCAAAACGCGGCAAAGGCCGAGAAAGACAUCGGCUGGAUACAACCUUAACUCUUUGUUCACCGGAUCAGAAGGCACUCUCGGUAUUAUCACAGAGGCCACGCUCAAGUUGGCGAUACUGCCGACGAACUUUAGCGUAGCAGCAGUGGCCUUCAAAUCAAUCCAUGCCGCAGCAGCCGCAGCAUCUUCAUUGGUUCGUGCAGGACUCCCUAUGGCCGCCUUGGAAUUGAUGGAUGAAGUGCAAAUGGAGACAAUAAAUAGGGGUGGAGGAACCGAGGGCAGGAUGUGGGAGGAAAAUCCAACACUAUUCAUAAAGUUCUCAGGUACUCAGAAUGCAGUCGAAGAGAGCAUUCAAGAGGCCCGAGCCAUAUGUCGCCGUCAUAACGCCAGCACAUUCGAAGGCGUAACUACCAAAAAAGAGAUGAAUUCUUUAUGGUUGGCUAGAAAAGAAGCCAUGUUGAAAGCAAUCGCAUCGAAGCCAGAAGGCGCUGCCUUGUGGGCCACAGACGUUGCUGUGCCCCUAUCACGCAUGGCUGAUCUCAUCGAGGAGUCCAAAGCAAGAGCAACUAGCCAUGGUCUCACGAAUUCUACCAUCGGACAUGUGGGAGACGGCAACUUUCAUCAAGGAAUGUUCUAUCGUCCCGACUUGGCUAGCGAUAGGGAGAAAGUGUUGGACUGCGUGUAUACAAUGGUAGAUAGGGCAGUUGAGAUGGAGGGAACUGUGACAGGCGAGCACGGGAUUGGCAUUGGGAAGAAGCAUGGUCUUAUCAAAGAGGUGGGCUUGCCGACGAUUGGCGUUAUGAAGGCCUUGAAGGAUGCACUUGAUCCGCAUUGGCUACUGAAUCCGGGAAAAGUGUUUGAUGAAUGA